ACGGCCAUCCGGAUAUCCGAAUCAAACAUCCGGAUGUUCGGAACGUUGUUAUAUUCUUAGUUGGCUGAUAUGACGUAACCAUUUUUUCGCGACCUUUUACAAAGUGUAGUAUUUUGUUUCACUUCCUUUUUAAUUGAAUGUUACAUUUAAAAAAAAAUCUGUAUUGAUUUUUUUUUCUAUGUAGAAAUUAUGACUGUUAUCGAUAAAUUAAGUGCGUAUGAUACUUACGAUUUCAAAUGAAAUGAAAAUGAAAUUCAUCGCUGAUUGUCUCAAUUCCUCAAUUAGUGCUAUAAUACACAAUAACACUUGCUCACAUUUGUGAAAAGAAAAAUAACACCCGUAAAAAAAUUAAAAGUUUCCAUUGUUCAAUAACACGCAUACAAUGUACACACGAUGACCUUUGACAGGUGUGUAGCCGGCUUUUCAAAAAGAAUCUGCCAAUCUUUGAUGUUUACCAACAUGUAGCCCUGGUUUUUUAAUUCGAAUCAUCAAAGAAGUUGCCGAAACUUACAUGAAUUACACACAUUUUAAGUGUUCAUAAGUGAAAAAACUGUGAAAAACAUUGUUGUUUUUUUAAAUGCACAUGUUUGAUUAAUACUAAAGGAGAAAGUUAUUUUGUCGGAUAAUAAUCGUAUCAAUUUCAAUAAAAGCUGUGAUAAUUAAAAUAUUAUUAUUCGUAAGUGCAUUUCUUGAUUUGCUUAUUUUAUUUCUGCAGAUUUUUCAUUUUCUCAAAAUAAGGAGUCGACGGGUUGGUAAGCUGAAAUAUAUGUAAAAAAGCCCAAUUAAAUAUUUAAAUUUGGACAUCAAAAAAUGUAACAUCGUUGCCGAUGACAAUCGCACGGGACUUAGAAUAUUCAUCUUGAAUCCUACAAAACUUAAAUUUGUUUGGUGUUUAAUAUAGAUUAACAACAAGUGUCAUACCCGACUCGUAAUUAUUAUAGUAAUUAUUGAUUUUUUGUGGUCUGCAGAGAUUAUAAUGUGCAUUGUCGAACUAAGGUACAAUAUACAAAAUGGUGUCAACACCAUGUAUACGUCGAUUAUCUCAACGCAUGUAUUUAUCACAUUUUCUCAAUAAUCUGAAAUAUUUUAUACGAAUAUUCGGAUCCGAAAAUCGGCUCCGGACACCGAAACAUGAUCCGAACGUUCAGAUAUCCGGACUCCGAAUGACAUCCCUAAUUUUUAUGCUCCCCGAAAAAUUUCGGGAGAGCAUAUAGUUGCCAGGUUGUCCAUCCAUCCAUCAUUCCUUCCUUCCGUACGUAUGUCCCAAAUUCAUGUUCCGCCCAUAACUUUGUUAUUUAAAGUCAAAUUUUACAAUUAUUCAGGGUUCCCACGCUACCGGGAAAACGGGAAAAGUCUGUGAGUUUCAAAAUCGCGACUCCCGGUCGUGAAAACGCCGGGAAUUUGCUCCGUCCGGUAAAAGGGAAUAGUCCGGGAUUUAGUCUGUACCGCUAAGGGAAGUAAUCGAUAUUGAACAAUAGGGCUGCCGCUGAAGCAACGUCCAUUUCCUGGUUUGGAUUAUUGAUGUUUUCUUCCCCCGAGGAUGGUUUUAACAAGCUAUCUUGCCAACAAGAGAACUUACGCCAAGUUUCACCAAAAAACUCUCUGUCCUUUCUGGAAGACCAGGUACGAUUAUUAGAAUGGAGGGAAAAACUUUUACAUCUAGAUAUGGCAGUGACAGCACCCAGCCUGGUACUGGAAACUUACUAAGGGUGUAUGUUGGACCUCGAGAGUGUGACUUGAAGUACAAUGAUAAUUUCUAUGGCUUUGAGCUAAGAUAUUGGUCUUCCUUAUAUGGAUACCUGAAAUGUAAAACUAAAGGUUCAUCUGUCGGAUUUCACAACGUAACUUACAUUGUUUCAAGCCCUUAUGGAAGAUCAAUGGUUGUUGCUGAUUUGUAUCAUGUAUCUUAUACUGAUGAAAUUUAUAUGUUUCAAACAUAUACAGCCAUUACAAGUAUAAGUCAUUCAGUUGGCAGUAAGGCUGGAGGUCUGACACUUACUAUUUACGGAAAUCAUUUUGAUGAGAGAGCACCUUAUUCCAAAUUGAGGGCUUAUGUAGGAGACACUGUUUGUGACGUCAAAAAUGUCACUGACGAAUAUGUAGAAUGUAUCGUGGCUGCAGACCCACAGUAUACAGCAUCUAAAUUUGAGGGAAACAGGGGUGUUCAUUUCGAGUACUGGACAUGGACAACAAAAGGAGAAAAUGACCUGGACAAUAUUUUGUCCCUCAAUAGCUCCAAUCACCGCUACAAAUUCAAAAACGAUCGAUGAAACGUAUUUCGACAGUGAAAAUUGGGGCGAUAUAACUGCUGCACACGCAAGCAGAAUGACAACAUACUUUCGACCACCUCACCGUGGAGAAUACCAAUUCCAACUUUAUGCAAAUAGUGGAGCUAGGCUAUAUGUUG